UCAUUUCGAUUUUCAGUGUACCAAUACAAGCAUGCGAGGCUAAUAAACUUAAGAGUUGAAUAUAGAAGAGUGCAUUUCUUGACUUAAUUUCUUGACUUCUUGACUAAAGCACGUAUCCAUUCCCAUAGUACUCGGAUCACAUAAAAUUAUUGUACGUGUUUGAAAACUAUUUGUAAGCCUAACAGAGAAAAUUCUGACUCAGGUCGAAUAAGUGUUCGGAUAUUCACUGUAUUCCAUAUAGCUAGCUAUGGUCUCUUGCGCAGUAGAGGGAGUCAAUACCUAACAAAUGUCAGCUGAGGUUCUGCGCAGACAGCUCAUAGUCUUUUAAGACGUUGACAUACACUGCAGAAUGAACUUAUUUCCUGUUCGUCUGACACCCUUAUAACAACAAUAAUAGCAGCAAUUGUGGCAAAGUCAUGUGGCAUUUGGUUUACGAUAUUACGUAUAUUUUUCUUCUUUGUCAAAUAAUGGCACAGUAAUAGGCUAUGCCGAUGCUUUCCAACAUUUAGUGAACAAAUCAGAAUAAUUCAACUUAAAAUAUUCAUCAGGAACUAGGCAGAUUAGACGGUGCUGUGGCGGUAGUGAAACUGUAUGCUUCAGAUUCGAGUGAUCUGGCAUUGUGAUCUGGCACAAAACAUGCUGAAAAUUUCUUACAUGCACAGUCUUCAAUGAGGAGAAGUGCAGCAGGAAAAUGACCCUUGGACAGUGCUGCUGAAAUCAUACUACGAAUAGAGGGCGGUGCUUUGUGUCAGCGUUAGCCUUAGCUCAUUGUGUGCAGCCUAGAAGGAAGUGUCAAGAUGGCAGAGGGAUUCUCCAUCUCAGAGCCCAUCUGUGGAGUUUGCCAGGGGGUUAGCAAAGUGCCUGUCAUGCUUUCCUGUUGGCACCCUUUCUGUCUGGCUUGUAUUGAGCGAGUCUGGUGCCACCACCCUAAUAUUGACCAUGGCUGUCCAGUGUGCUUAAACCUGCCAGUUACUAAUGGCCUCUCGGAGUGCCCUUUGAAGUCACAUGCUCCCUUUUGCGUUUUAUGUGACUUCUGCCUGGGCGAGAAGCUGCCGGCCCUGAAGUCAUGCCUAACCUGCAUGGCUUCUUUCUGUGAGGGUCAUUUACAGCCCCAUUUGGCAGGGGAGGCUUUUCGCAGCCACCGGCUGACAGAACCCAGUGAGGAUCUGAGUGGGAGCUGCUGCCUGGAUCAUGGGAAGCCACUGGAGAUGUUCUGCAAGGAGUGCAAGCUCUGUGUCUGCAACGUCUGCCCGAUACUAGGCUGUCACCAAGGCCACCGCAUCAGUGUAAUUGACCAAGAGGCCCAAGAGAAACGGAAUCUUCUUAGAGUUUGCCUGAACAGGCUGAACUGUAAAAACAAGCAAGAAAACGCCAAUGUAAAUCAGAUCCAAAAGGCUGCUGAUGAUCUCAAGGCUUUGGCCAAGGAUAGCAAGGGUUGGCUAUCACUGCGCUUCACAGAAAUGCGCCUGCUGCUGGAUGAGGAGGAGAAAGUGACCAAGGGCUUUGUGGAGGAGCAGACGCAGGCAGCUUUUCUGGCCUAUGAUGAGCAGGUCGUGGCUUGUCGAGGGCGCAUAGAGGCCACUGACAGCUUUGCACAGACAGUCCAAGACAUCUACAAACAUGAUGACAGCGUGAAGCUCCUAAAGGACUUUGUAGCAGCCGAGAAAGACAUACAGAUUCAACAGCAGCCAGCUGACCAAAUUCACCCAGUUCCCCUGACCUUUGACACUUUGCAUAGCUAUGUCUCUAGUUUCCAAAAAACUUUGCAGACCAUCUUGAAGAAGCCUAUAGAGAAACGGAUCACUAAUGGAAUAUCAAAUGGACCAGAUGCCAGACAAGUGCAGGGAUUAAUGCACAGAACAAAAAGUUUGGGAAACAAGUCCACUUUUCUUAAAUAUGCCCGCUCACCUAUACUGGACCCCGACACCCUGCACCCUCGCCUGCGCCUGUCCGAAAGCAGGGAAACUGUAAGCUGCGGCUGGCUGAAGAAGUCUUACCCCAAUGGGCCACUGCGGUUUGACCGGCUCUGGCAAGUGCUGGGCCGGGAGUCGUUCUUUGCCGGCCGUCACUACUGGGAGGUUGACGUGCAGCGGGCAGGCAAGGGAUGGUGGGUGGGUGCAGUUUACCGCACCAUGAGCCGCAAGGGGGACACGGAGGCUUCGCGCCUCGGUUGGAACCAGGCCUCCUGGUGCUUGAAGCGCUACGACCUGGAGUACUGGGCCUUCCACAACGGAACGCGUACCCCCGUGUUCCUGGAGGAGGACCCUGAGCGGCUAGGCAUCUUUCUGGAUUAUGAAGCCGGCGUUCUCAGCUUUUUUGAUGCCCUGUUAGGCAUGAGGCACCUGUAUACCUUCCAGGCCAGGUUCACAGAGCCAGUGUACCCUGCUUUCCGCUUGUGGGAGGGAGCCAUUUCUUUCUGCAAACUAACAUGAUUUUCUCAACCUCUUGUCCUGUAUCAUUGCUCAUCAGUUUCUGAAACCUAGUCAGAGUUCAGGAAGCUCCUAGGGAAAAACUAAAUAGUUUCAACUUUUUAAUCAUGCUUUCUUUCAAAAUAAAAUCAACACAUUUUAUGAAAAGUA